AUGGCGUUGCAAGCAGCGUGCAAUAUGGCUGGUGAUUGGGCGCGGGCGCGCGGCUACUAUCUGAGCAUUGACGAGUUUAGCUUGUCGGACGACAAGUUUCCGUCGCUCAAUGCUAAGGGCUGGGAGAUCAAGCUCCUGUGCCUUUGGAUAGCUGAGAUCGUUCCAGCUUAUGCGCGAUCAGAACAGGCUUCCUGGGAUCGCCAGUUUGCUUACGUUCUCUCAAUGGCAGCCCGUGCGUUGGCGAUGAGCAUCAAGAUCUUGGACAAGACUACAUAUGCCGUGGCGCGUGAGGAUGUUGAUCCAGGGAUCGCCGCCUGCCAUCGCUUCGUCCUGGGAUAUGUCUGGUUAGCUUUCUCCUGCCACUUGGAGGACCGGAAGCUGUUCAAGCUUCGGCCGAAGAAACUUGGUUCUGAUACAGAGGGCCGGUUUCGCUGA